UUACUACUCCGUAUUUAUUCAGCAUUUCAGCUCAUCUCAUCUCACUACGACUCGUUAGUCGUCGAGACUAGCUGCAACCCACGCGCCACCCCCACGCGCGUUCACCACCCCUCUGGGCCGCCCAAUAAGAGCACUGAAGCGUUACUCUGAGCUGUUGAGAGAGAGAGAGACACAGAGGGAAACCUCGGAGACCUCAACGGAAACGUCAACAACCAAUCAGUGGAUAGGGCUUCUGUUUGGUGGAUUAGAAUGCAGACUCGGUACAUGGAAAGGACCAACUCAAUGAGAGGAAAGAGGAGUUUGGAAGGAGAUGAGGAGCAGCAGCCGGAGCGCAAACGACCUGCUUUAGCUAGUGUUAUUGUGGAAGCUCUCAAGGUGGAUAGUCUCCAAAAGCUGUGCUCUUCCUUGGAACCAAUUCUUCGCAGAGUUGUUAGUGAAGAAGUGGAACGAGCUUUGGCAAAGUUAGGCCCUGCAAGAAUUGCUGCAAGGUCAUCGCCUAAGCGAAUUGAAGGGCCUGAUGGACGGAACAUGCAACUUCAUUUUAGAUCCAGACUUUCCUUGCCCCUCUUUACUGGGGGUAAAGUUGAAGGGGAACAGGGUGCUGCCAUCCAUGUUGUCCUAAUUGAUUCUAAUAGUGGACAUGUUGUAACAACUGGACCUGAGUCAUGUAUGAAGCUGGAUGUUGUUGUGCUAGAAGGUGAUUUUAAUAAUGAAGAUGAUGAUGAUUGGACCCAGGAAGAAUUUGAAAGUCAUGUUGUAAAAGAACGAGAAGGCAAGAGACCAUUGUUGACUGGUGAUUUGCAAGUAACACUAAAAGAAGGUGUUGGAACUCUUGGAGAGCUGAUAUUUACAGAUAAUUCUAGUUGGAUACGUAGCAGGAAAUUCAGACUUGGCAUGAAAGUUGCACCUGGAUAUUCUGAAGGCAUACGCAUACGUGAAGCAAAGACUGAAGCUUUCACUGUUAAGGAUCACAGAGGAGAAUUGUACAAGAAGCAUUACCCACCUUCUCUUAAUGAUGAUGUGUGGAGAUUGGAGAAGAUUGGCAAGGAUGGUGCCUUCCACAAGAAGCUAAAUACUGCAGGGAUAUUUUCUGUGGAGGACUUCCUUCGUCUUAUGGUUAGAGACCCUCAAAAACUACGACAUAUCCUUGGGAGUGGUAUGUCAAACAAGAUGUGGGAUGCCCUCAUAGAGCAUGCGAAAACUUGUGCUUUGAGUGGGAAGCUUUAUGUGUAUUAUCCUGAUGACUCAAAAAGUGUGGGUGUUGUUUUCAACAAUAUCUAUGAGCUGAGUGGCCUCAUUGCUAGUGACCAGUAUUAUUCAGCAGAUUCACUUUCAGAUAGCCAAAAGGUAUAUGUUGAUUCCUUGGUGAAGAAAGCAUAUGAGAAUUGGAACCAAGUUGUGGAGUAUGAUGGCAAAACACUUUUGAGCUUCAAAAAUAAAAAAGCAAGAAAUGAGCUUCCUAUGGGCCAAGUGGACUAUUCAAAUUCUUUGAAUAAUCAGCUUCAACAACCACGGCUUCCUGCUCCAGUCCAAAGUGAGCCAUCUGCUUUGGACCCUGGCAUGCUAAUUGGAGGUUCAAGUUAUAAUGAAAAUAUGGGUGCUAGGUACUCCAAUCAGUCCCACAUUAUGAGCUCUAGUUCCCGGAUGCAGUAUGAAAACACUCAAUUUGCUCCAAAUGAUCAGCAGCAGCUAAUGAACAACUCUCAGCAGAUGCAAAAUGCACGGUAUGAUAACAAUGUUGGCCUGGCUCUUGGUCCUCCUCAAUCUUCAUGCUUCCCAACAGUAGGCUCAUCUGUUCAGCAAACCAAUCUCAAUUCUUUUGAGGACUGGUCUAACACCCGUGACAAGGGGGUUGAGGAAUAUUUGUCUGAGGAGGAGAUUCGUCUCAGAAGCCAUGAAAUGCUAGAGAAUGAAGAUAUGCAGCACUUGCUUCGGCUCUUCAGCAUGGGAGGUCAUGCGUCAGUAAAUAUUCCGGAAGAUGGAUUUGGCUUCACCCCUUUCAUGGCACCAUCUCCAAGCUUCGGUUACGAUGAGGACCGCCCUCGCCCAGGAAAAGCUGUUGUUGGUUGGCUGAAAAUAAAAGCUGCAAUGCGGUGGGGGUUCUUUAUCAGGAAGAAGGCAGCCGAGAGGAGAGCCCAACUUGUAGAAUUGGAUGACGAGUAGAAUUUGUUGUGAAGAUUUUAGGGCAUUGAGAGUUAACCACUCACCAGUUGACGAUUAAUGCUGAAAUCAAUAUCAAUCUGAAAAGUAAUGCAGCAGGACGAAGUAAUUAGGGGUUUCAGGACUGCACACACAGGCUUAGUUUGCUAUUGCUUGCUCGCUCACAAGUCUUGAAUACCUCUCCUCCCAUGUACAGAAAAGCCUGUACAGUAAGUAAGUUUAUUCUCUUCUAUUGACAUAUUAUAGACUGGGUUGCUGCUCACUGUAUUCCUUUGUUUUCUUUUGUGAAUUGUGAUGUAAUGUAAUGUAUUGCCACCCCAAAUCCCCCAAUGGAUCAUGCCCUUCCUAUCUCUCUAUUCAUUACCCUUUAGUUCUGGAUAUUGAAUUGUAAAACUAAGUUUCAACUAUGAUAUUAUGCUGAAUGCC